UAGUUUGAGUUUCUCUCUCUUCACUCGACGACUUUCUAACAAAUCAAGACAUACAAAGUUGGUUCUUUCUGAAAGACAAAAAAAGAAGAAAGGAUUCACGAGGGAAUAAUAAUCAUCUACUGCAUUUUCUCUCUACAAAUCUAGGGUUUCUUAUUGUUAAAGCAUUUACGAUUCAGAUUUUGCAGAAUUAUGACAACUAUCGAAGCUCAUCAGUUUGCUCAGUGCAUUACAUGUCAUGCUUGGAGUCCUGAUCAAACAAUGGUGGCAUUUUGUCCAAACAGUACUGAAGUUCAUAUCUAUAGAUUUUUGGUUGACAAGUGGGAAAGGGUUCAUGUGCUACAAAAGCAUGAUCAAAUUGUUUCGGGGAUAGAUUGGAGUGUAAGAUCAAACAAAAUUGUUACGGUGUCGCAUGACCGAAACUCAUAUGUUUGGAACCAAGAAGGAUCAGAAUGGGUACCAACUCUUGUUAUUCUUAGGCUAAACCGGGCUGCUCUUUGUGUUCAGUGGAGUCCGAAAGAAAACAAGUUUGCCGUUGGAAGUGGGGCUAAAACUGUUUGUAUUUGCUAUUAUGAGCAAGAGAAUAAUUGGUGGGUUAGCAAACUUAUCAGGAAAAGACAUAGCUCUUCUGUGACAAGUGUUGCCUGGCAUCCUAACAAUAUACUUCUUGCAACAACAUCAACUGAUGGGAAAUGCAGAAUAUUUUCGACUUUAAUCAAAGGUGUCGACUCAAGGGAUUCAGCAACAAGCCUUGCCUCCGAUGCCAAAUUUGGAGAGCAAAUCGUGCAACUUGAUCUCUGUUCUAGCUGGGCGUUUGGUGUAAAGUGGUCUCCAAGUGGCAAUACUUUGGCCUACGUAGGUCACAGUUCUACAAUCUACUUUAUCGAAGAUGUUGGUCCUGCACCUUCUGCUCAAACUGUAGCAUUUCGAGAUUUACCUCUUCGUGAUGUAAUGUUUGUUUCUGAGAGAAUGGUCGUAGGUGUUGGAUUUGACUGCAACCCGAUGAUUUUUGCAGCAGAUGAAAGUGGCUUAUGGAGCUAUGUUAAAUACGUUAAUGAACGGAGAGCAACUGCAUCAAGCUCGAAAUCCGGUUCACAGUUUUCUGAAGCAUUUGGAUUUGGUAAACUAUAUGGUCAAUCAAAAUACGGAGUAAGCACUGACACAGUAGAACCUUCAAAGCCCCGGGGAGGUGUUCAUCAUAAUUGUAUUAAUUGUAUCAUACCCCUAAAGAAAGCAGAAGAUGGUUCAGUGAAGAAGUUCAGCACCUCAGGGUUGGACGGAAAAGUAGCCAUAUGGGAUAUAGAAAGUGAUGCAGAUUUCUCCUUAAAAAGAAAUUAGGGUUCCCACAAAUACUUUAAUCAUUGUUUGUAGCUUGACAAAUUUUGUUCAGUAAAUCAUUUAAACCCUAUCUUGGGUCACUAAUUUCAUUCUUCUUUCUAUAUAAUAAAGGCAUAAAACACCAACUAAUGUUUGUAAUAUAGAUUUUGGGGUU